GUUAUUGUUGUUGUUGCAUCAGCUGUUAGCCUGUCAACCACUGUUAAUUUUAUUUAUAUAUUAUUAUUGUCAUUUGUCAGCCUUUAUAAUUGUUCUAAUCUGAGAUAAAUUAAAACAUUUAAUUAUCUAAGAUUAUUUUAAUUAAUUAUUUUUAAGAUUAGUAAAAUUUUUUUACUCUAAAAUAUUUACUCCAAAAUCAACACACAUACAUUGUUGUUUUUUUUUUAUAUUGUUAUUGUUUUUUUUUAUUAAUCAAAUAUAUACCUAUAUUUAUAAAAUUAUUGUAAAAAACAAUUUUAAUUUAUUUUGAAUAUCGAGCAUCAUCAUGAAUCAUACAGAAAAACCAUUUGGCUGUAAUUUUUUGGGCUGUAAUAUGAGUUUUACUAAUGAAGAUCAUUUGGUUGUUCAUAAAACAAAACACAAUAUGAUGUUAAAUCUUGGAAAUGGAAAACCACCGAGUUUCAUUGAUCAAACACCAACACCAACAAGAUUCAUGAGAAGUUCUGAAGAAGUAGGAUUAUUUCAAGAUCUUCAACAUGUCAAUCCAUUUGAUGAGACAUUUAGAAAAGCUGUUGAAUGUGGAAAAUUAGAAUCACUAGAAGUCACUGAUAUUAAUGAUGAUACGCUUAAUACACCACAAGUAUUUCCAAAUUUGGAUGAUGAAAAAAUAAUGAUUUCAUCAGUAACUGUUAACGAGACAACAAAAUAUAAUAAUAACAAUGUUAGAGAAGAAAAUAAAAAUAGUAUUAUUAUAACUACAGAGAGUACAAUGUUAGAAAAAAAUACUGAAGCUAUACAAGAAGAAGAAAAUUUACCAGCAACAUCUUCAUUUGACAAUGAUCAAGAGCUUGUUGAUGAACAGCUUGAUGAUCCACAAAAAUUUAAAACUACUGGUCUAUUAGAAAAUUAUACAAAUGAUAAAUCAAAUGAUAUUUUAUGGAGUCAUUCAUCUACUAAAACGCAAUUACAAGUUGUUGAUAAAAGCAACAAUUAUUAUUAUAAAAAUACAGAAGAAAAUGAAAAUUAUUCAAGAGAAAUAUCAGCAUCAUUGAAUGUUACUAAUAAUAAGCCAAAUGAUGUUAAAAAAAAAUUAGAUAUUCUUGAAAGAAAUCGUGCAAGUUCAAUGCGUUCACGAGCUAAAAGAAAAGCUUGGAUUGAACAACUUGAAACAUCAAUGGAAAAAGUUAAUUCAGUAAAUAAAUCACUACAAAAUGAAGUUAAUGCAUUAAGAUUUGAAGUUGCUAAUUUAAAAACUUUAUUAUUAGCACAUAAAAAUUGUCCUGUAACAAAAGCAUUAACAGAAAAUAAACCAGAAACUUCAAAAAUAAUUCCAAUAAUAACACAACAAAUAUCAACACCAAUAACAAUAAUAAAUCCUUCAAUUGAAAAUUCGAAAAAAAUAAUUUUAACAAAUCAAUCAACAAUUAAUUCAAAGAGAAAAUUAAAACCAAAAAUAUCACAAAUUAAAAGUCAAAUUUUAUUACCAAAAAUUAAUAAUUCUGGCUUAUCUUCAUCAAAAAUAAUUCGACAACAAAGCUUAAAUAAUUUUCAACAAGUUAUAAGUGAAAAAACAACAUCACAAAAAUUAUUUGUCAUUAAAAAAUAAACAUUAUCUAAAAAUAUAAAUUGUCAAAUAUCAAAUGAUGACAACAUUCCAAUUGAACCAAGUUGACAUUAAUUUUAAUUUAAAAAAAACUUAAUCAUAACAAAUAAUUGAUAAAAAUAUUUUUAAAUUUUGACAUGGAUUUUUAUGUUUUGGAUGAAUUAAUCCACAACUUGAUGAUUUGAUUAAAUCAUAUGGAAAGAGUGAUGCCGUUAGUUUCACAGUCAAUUUCAUAUAAUAAAAUUAAUCAUGUCAUCCCCCCGACAAAUAUAUUUCUUUUUAUUUAUAAUAAUAAUUUUGAAAAAGAAAAAUACUGUACAUAAAUUUUACAUUUUUAUUUAUAAAAUUCAUGUUGAAUAUGUAUUUUUAAAAUACACAACAAUGAAUUAAACACUUGUCAACAAUAUUUCAACAUUUAAACAAAAAAUAACAAUAAAUACAUUUUUUAUAACAAAAAAAAAAACAAAUGUUAAUUUAAUUUUAAACAAUGAAUAAAUUUAAGUAUCAGCAUGAAGAUUAUAUUUUAUUUACAACAAUGUUUAUCAAUAAAAUUAGCAGAACAAUUUUUUUGUUUUUUCCAUCGAUGAAUUUGUAACCUUCCGGCCCUUAUCAGUUCUCCGUCCAGUUGAAAAACUAAACACCGGACAAGGGAAUGAUAAGGGGCUGUCGGCACGUGCUCCAAUAUGUGAAAAUAAAUUUCGAAUGAUGAUUGAUUCCUCGUGGUGGUUGAUUGGAAACAUGAAAGAAAAAUUAACAAUAAAUCAAAUUAAUAAAUAAACAUUUGUUAAUAUUAAAAAUUAUAUUUAUAAUUUUUUUUUUUCUUUUUAUGAAUUAAUUAUAAUAAAAAUAAGAACACUUCCUUGUCAGGAAAUAUCAAUUUUUAUCAUUCAACACACAACUGGUGACAAUUGUAACAGUAAUUUCAUAUUGUAAUCAUUUUGUCAAUUUAUCAUGCAAAAAAAAAAAGGCAGUUAACAAUUGUAAAUAAAUUAUUUACACAAUAUAAAUUUAUCUUCAAGUUUCAACACAUUGAUUAA